UCAUGUGAGGAGGGUGAGGGUGGAGAGACAGCCCAGCAGCCUGCCUCAGCUGCCAGCCAUCUCGCGAGAGGUGGCGGCCGGAGGGUGGCCUCGCCGCAUAAAUUGCCGAGGGAGGCAGGAGCGCAGUUGCAGUAUUGCCAGAGGGGCUUGGGUAGCGGCUGGUGCAGGUGGGUGUGCUUGGGCGCUGGUAACUGUGUGGUGGGCUUAGAAUCUCCGUCUUUUCCCGGAUACUAAAACAUUCAAGACCAAAUCAUGGAUGCAUUGUCGACUGAUGCACAGCAGAAUGUGGUUUCCAGGGUUGCCAACCUUCCCCUGGUGAGUUCCACCUAUGAUAUGGUCUCCUCUGCUUAUGUCAGCACAAAAGAUAACCACCCUUAUCUGAAGUCUGUAUGUGAGAUAGCAGAGAAAGGAGUGAAGACCAUCACUGCAGUGGCCAUGACCAGUGCUUUGCCUAUCAUCCAGAAGCUGGAGCCACAAAUUGCAGUUGCCAACAACUAUGCUUGUAUAGGACUGGACAAAGUAGAAGAGAGACUGCCUAUACUGUAUCAACCAAGUGAUAAGGUAGUUGCUAAUGCAAUGGAUGCAGUUGCUGGAGCAAAGGAUGCUGUAACAACUACUGUUACUGGUGCCAAGGAUACUGUUGCACAUACCAUUAAUGGAGUUGUGGGCAAGACUAAAGGAGCUGUUCAGGACAGUGUGGAGUUGACCAAGUUGGUUGUCAGUGGCAGCAUUAACACUGUUCUGGGAAGUCGGAUGGUGCGUCUUGUCACUAGUGGAGUGGAUACUGCACUUAGCAGAUCAGAAACUCUUGUAGACCAAUACCUCCCCCUUACAGAAGAAGAGCUAGAAAAAGAAGCUACAAAAGUAGAAGGAUUUGAAGUGGGAGUUCAGAAGCCAAGUUACUACGUUAGACUAGGAUCUUUGUCUUCAAAAGUCCGAUCACGUGCCUACCAGCAGGCCUUAAUAAAAGUUAGAGAUGCUAAACUCAGAAGCCAAGAGACAAUUUCUCAGCUAAAUUACACUGUUAAUCUGAUUGAAUAUGCAAGAAGGAAUAUGAACAGUGCCAAUCAGAAACUCCAAGAUGCCCAACAGAAGUUGUAUAAUUCUUGGGUAGAAUGGAAGAAAAACACAGGCCAAAAUGAGGAGGAUGAGUCAUGUAGUGCUGAGCACAUUGAAUCACGCACACUCACAAUUGCACGGAAUCUGACUCAGCAGCUUCAAACCACCUGCCUCACCCUGGUGUCAAAUAUUCAAGGCUUGCCACAAAACAUCCAGGAUCAGGUGCACCAUGUUGGGGCAAUGGCAGGAGACGUCUACAGAAGCUUCCGCUCAGCAUCUUCCUUCAGAGAAGUGUCCGACAACCUGAUUGUAACCAGUAAAGGGCAGCUGAAGAAAAUGAAGGAGUCCUUGGAUGAUGUGAUGGAUUAUCUUGUAAACAACACACCACUCAACUGGCUGGUUCCAGAUUUCACUAUCACAGACUUGUCUUCAGAAUCUGAUGAGAUUCCAGACAUCUUGGCUUUGGAUGAGGAAGGCCUGCAAGACUAUUCACGCUCAAAUGGCCCAAUCACUACAGGACAAAGAGCUGAAUAAACAUCAAGCACAAAAACUGUUCCUUUGAUUCAGUAUAUGUUAUGAUUUUUGGGGUGGGUUUUUUUUUUUUUUGCUAACGUCUCCUUUUCGGAAUGGAAUUACUUAGUUCUUGGGAGUACAGGGCUGUUUUUAUAAUUUUUGUUUAAUUUAGAUCAAUUAACAUUCUGACAACUGCUUUUUGGGGGUAUUAUUGUUACUGUAUUUUGGAUCACACAUUAGCUUAACAUUUUAGCAUGGGUGGCGAGCCCCUUUGUCCUACAGGCCAGAUCAAUUUACUUAUCUGGUCAGAUAUCAAUUUAAGAUUGCAUCACAAUUUGGUCAGCAUGCAACAGCUGCUGCAACAAUACCCCACCACUUUACAUGAAAGCCUGUCUAAACACAAUUUGCCGAAUUAAGUUUCCUUCUUCAGUUUCUCUGCAAAACACACUGUACUUACAGCUUUGCUUGCCAGGAAGAAAACAAGCUAGGAUCUUAUGAUCCUCAUCUCUUUCUGUUUCACUCUGAUGUGUCUUGGCAACUGUCUGACUUUGUAUACUAAGCUUGAAAGAAAAAUGAAAGACUCUGUGUUUCUCUUCUUUAUGACUUUCUCAUCUGCUAUACUGUUGCUCCAGCCAAGACAAGGCCAAAUUCUCACAAAAGAAAAACCUGUGACUGCAGUAUACCACUUUCAACUGCAGGCUGGAGCUUUCAUGAUUUAAUGCAACUCCAGGCAAAUAAUUCCCUGUACAGCAAAAAUUAGCAUGUGAGUGAGAAGGCUAGACUGGAACUAUUUCCCCCAACAUCUAUCUACUUUUCUACAUGAAGGGAAACAUUUAUGCAUACGGAUAUUCAGUCAUGUGAGUCCCAUCUGCAGUCAGGGGUGGGACAGUCCAGGCACAGGUUUUGCCACCACAAUAAGAGGCCUAAAGGAGUCUGGAGUUGGAAGAGCUAGUGAUUCAUUUACUGAGGUAGUUGCAGCAGGUUUGAAAAAUGUGGACUUACAGGUUUAAUAAAUAUACAUGGCAAAAUUGAAGACUGAAAACCAGAAAGAAUGAGACCCCAAAGAGCAAAUGUAACUGUAGUGACAGAAAAGUGAAAAAUGGAAAAAAGGAAAAUGUGAAUGAGAGGGAGAAAGCUAUCCACUGAAGCAAUGCUCUUGCUCAAUCCACAUUUGCUUAAGUGAGGUUUGUAUAGUUGUUAUAAUUUGCCAGCAAACUGAUCUACAUUUCUUAAUGCAAACUAGAAGUGUCAAGUGGAGCUCUAAGUGGGUAUUGCAGAGUCAGCCUUAUUUGACAAGAAGUUAACUUUUUCUUUUUGUUGAAAUGCCCUUGACAACAUUGGCAGUUUUGCUUUUAUUUAUGUGGGGUCAUGAGGGUAUCCUAUGGUGCUAAUUUUAUAAACGAGGCCCACAGAUCUGGAUUAAAGAAGUAAUUUGCCUCUCUCUGUAGCAUGAGGUGGACAUCCCCACUAUAAAGUAAUGUAAUACCAGAUUUAAUAUGAACAUCUUAAGAACUAGUCACUGAAAUGCCUUGAAAAUAAAGUUUGAACCAUAUAACUUGA